GAGGGACCAGCUACCUGACCUGCAUUCUUUCUUCAACGUUACAAGUCCUAGGUAUUCUAGUCUCUAACUCCAUUUACUUCCUCCGAAUUCCCCGCUUUCUCGGCUUGCCUUUUGGUCAGGUUGUCCGCUGAAUAAGCGUCAUCGAAACACGGCAUCGCACCUACAGCUGGCGCAAUCCCCACUUCUCCGCCCAUAUAACAAGUCUGAGCUUACCUUGAAACCCUCUUGUAGCUGCGAUGACUGUCCCUCAAACACCUCCCCCAUUCAUCGUCUUCGGCUAUGGCUCCCUCAUCUUCAAGCCACCUCCGCCUCCAUUCGUACUCAAACAGCAGCCGGGUUUCGUCAAAGGAUACGUGCGUCGCUUCGCCCAGAUGUCGCAUGAUCAUCGGGGAACACCCGAGAAUCCCGGACGCGUAGUCACCCUGAUUCACAAGGAAGACUGGGAUCACUACUCCGCGAGCGACGCGUUUCCUAACGAAGAUACUGUGUGGGGCAUCGCAUAUACCAUAGACCCUGAGCACGAGAAGGAAGCUCGCGCAUACCUAGAUCACCGCGAAAAGGACGGAUAUACCCUAGAGACAGUCGACAUCUACGACAUCGUCGACGGCGAGCCGCGCGUCGUGAUCCACGGUUGCUCUUGCUACGUCGGCCGCCCUUCCAAUCCAUCCUUCAUCGGAUCCGAGCCCCUAGACGAGCUCGCACACCGUAUCUGGCAAUCGGUGGGUCCAUCCGGACGGAACAAGGACUACCUAUACCGCCUCGCCGAGGAGGUGCACAAGCUCUCGCCGGCGUCGAGAGACGCGCACCUGUUCGCACUGGAGGCAAAGAUCAGAGAGCUUGACAGCAAGCACGGAGAGAUAUAGACGGUUUUGAUUACGGUGCAUGUGCACCCCCUAAUCCAUGUUACAUCAAACAAGCGGCACUUCCAUUUCGU